UUUUCCCAGUAAUUAUAAAUUUGUGUUCAUUCUCUUUACAUAUCUUCUUGAUCAGCAUUCCAAAUCGAAGGUAGCUUGCUCAGCUAGCUAAGUGGAAACAAUAUGCAAAGGGGAAGAGGAGACCAAGACGGUUCCAGCACCUUAAGCAAUACAUUUGGAAAGCUAGGGGAAAAGAUUUCCACCAUUUUUGGAAAAUCUCUCACAUUUGGGAGCUUUUUUGGAUCCAAUAGCCCCCCUUCAAAAGCAACCCUUCCUGAUGAUUUGCCAGAAACUAGUAGGUCCAGUGGGCCAGUCAUUGAGGAGUUAGAUACUGAUGAUGAUGAUGGUGAAGUAGAAAAGAAUGGAGGAGGUGAUCUUGGAGAAAACAGGCAGAAAAUUUUGUCCACUUCUUGGGCUAACAGAAACCCAGUUGUUGAGCACCCUGAGGAUCUAGCAGAUGACCAUAACGAGAUCAAGAAAUUAAGGAAAAAUAAUGUAUCCUUUGGUCCCAUUAAAGGAACUCAAAGUGUGGGCUACAGAAGAGUAACAUAUGGUGGAAUACAUGGAGCCUAUUUAACAGCCACAACAACUCGCCAGACUGGAAGUGAUGGUAGGGUCUGGGAGGAGACCAAACAUGCAGAUGUUACAACUGGUGAAGCAACACACACAGUCUCCAGAGGAAUUCAUGAUAAGGGGCACACACUCACAAGGAAGCUUAAAUCAAAUGGCAAGGUGGAUACAGUGGAGACUUUGCACAAUUUGGAGGAAGAUGAAUUAGUUGGUUUCGACCGGGAUUGGAAAUGUAAUGCCAAUAAGCAUCUACCUGGAUGGAAUGUCGGGCGCAACUACAAUACAGGGUCAACUGGCAACUCGUUCACAAUGACAAAUCGGGAUUCUCCAUUUAGAGAGGGGUUUCGAGGUCUAAGGCCCGACCUUAAUGUCAUGGCACGCCCAUCCAGGGCGAGACAUAAAAAGGUUGUAACAAUUAACAUUGAAUGAAGGUCGGCAUUUGGCUUAGUUAG